UGCAAUAAUUUUAAUAACUUUAAUGCAUUUAAAAUGCGUGAAUGAAGGGAUGGACGAAGUAAACUAUGGUUGUUGGCAAUCAAACCCAGAUAUCGCUAAAUUCAUGAAAGACCAGAAUAUGACAAAAGUAAAUCAAGUGGAAGAGUAUUAUGUGAGAAAAACAUUAACUAAUGUUAAAGAUGUUGGCUAUAAUACAAUGCUAUGGCAGGACCCGGUUGACAAUGGCGUCAAACUCGACAAGGAUUCAAUUGUAGUGAUUUGGAAGGACACCUAUCUUGACAGCAAUUUAGAUCUCUGGCAGAACUAUAUCUCCAAAAUCGCUAAGAAUGGCUACCAAAUGGUAUUAUCAGCAUGUUGGUAUCUUAACUAUAUUUCCACACCAUAUCCGGACAAGGACUGGGAAAAAUAUUAUUUAUGUGAUCCGAGACAUUUUAAUGGUACCGAAAGUGAAAAGGAUUUAGUGAUUGGCGGAGAAGUGUGUAUGUGGUCUGAGUUUGUGGACGGCACUAAUGUAUUGUCCCGAUUGUGGCCUCGAGCAUCGAGUGCUGCCGAAAGGUUGUGGAGUAAUAGUGAGAGCACUCAAGAUGUGGACACCGCUAGACUAAGACUGGAUCAGCACAGGUGUCGAAUGCUUAGGCGAGGAAUACCGGCCGCACCCAUACUUAAUGGCUAUUGCGGUGAUUACGAGUGGGAAAUGAAUAAUCAAGAAAAGUUGAUGGAUUUGGGGGAUAGGGGUGUUCAGGCGACAACAUGUCCCAAAGGUAAUGUUCCCGAACCGGGCAAUCCUUGGCCUUUACCCCAACAAUGGGUUCGAUCGGCAGAUGUGUCGACAUUAGAUCCAAAAGGAUUUCGUUUCGAUACAAAUAUGAAAUCGUGCGAUGUUUUGGUGAAUGGGAUGAAGAGAUACAGAGAUAUCAUAUUUCUUGAUCAAAGAAGUGUUAAGUCAUCACAACAUCCAGUCUUGAAAUCAGUCUUCAUUGAUGUCCAACACAUAAAUGAUUGCGAUUUUCCAAAGCAUGAAGAGGACGAGUCCUAUACGUUAAACAUAACACUUAACGGUUCGGCAAAGAUUACAUCAGUUACUGUUUGGGGAGCUCUCAGGGCUUUGGAGACAUUCAGUCAAUUAGUCUAUCAAAACGAAAUAACAAAAGAGAUUUCAGUCAACUCAACACAAAUUACUGAUUUCCCGAGAUAUAAGUUUCGAGCCAUGCAUUUGGACACUGCCAGACAUUUUGUACCCAAGAAAGUCAUAUUAGCCAAUCUCGAUGCUAUGGCUUAUAAUAAAUUUAAUGUAUUUCAUUGGCAUAUAAUCGACGACCAGUCUUUCCCUUUUGAAAGCAUACGUUACCCGGAAUUGACCAAAAAGGGAGCGUAUUCUCCAAAACACGUCUACACACAGAAAGAUGUUUCAGAUAUUAUUGAAUAUUCAAGAAUGAGAGGAAUCCGUGUCAUACCAGAGAUCGAUUCACCAGGCCACACACACGCAAUGGCCAGAGCUUUUCCCGAACUGUUAACUCCCUGUUAUGGCCAAAAGGAUAAGCCCUAUACUCCUCAUUAUCCGGACUAUUCAGCGUCAGAGCUCUUAAAUCCAUUGAAGAAUUUUACAUUUGUUUUCUUGAAAGAACUCUUUAAAGAGUUUAAACAA